AUGACGCCCGUUGCGACGACGGCUACGAUGGCCUCGCCGUUACAUUGUACAGAAAAUACAACACCUAACUCUUCUCUCGCAGGCUUCAUGCCUCCGAAUUAUGCCACGAUUAACCGCGUUGGAGUGAAAAUCCCACCCUUUUGGCCGGCAGAUCCGGAGAUGUGGUUUGCUCUGGUGGGAACACAAUUCGCGCUCGCGGGAGUACUGUUAGACGAAACAAAGUUCAAUUACGUUGCCGGGAAUCUAGAUGCAAAAUUUGCAGCUGAAGUGCGCGACAUUUUAACCUCUGCACCUGGACCUGAACGAACAUAUCAGAGACUAAAAACGGAACUCAUUAAUCGACUAAGUGCCUCGCAGGAUCAAAAGACACGCCGUUUGCUAGAGCAUGAGGAAAUAGGCGAUCGUACGCCAUCCCAGUUCCUCCGACACCUUCGCGGCCUUGCAGGUAACGUUUUUCCAGACGCUGUCCUGCGUCCAUUCUGGCUCGGUCGGCUACCUACGUCGAUGCAGGCUAUCCUGGCAACCCAGGACUAA